AAUAAAGAUGAUAAUGUUGUCAUAUUGUUAUUGAUGGUCAUUGCCAUUAUUGUUGCUAUUUUUGUUUUCGUGAAAAGAUUUGUGUUCGUUUUUUUUAUGUUUUUACUUAAUCAAAAAUCAAAUUACAACAAUGCGUACAAAUUUGUCAAGCUCAUCAUCAAAUGCUUGUACAUUGUUAAACGGUAACACCAAUUUCGGUGAUGAUAAUUUCGGCAGAAUAAGUUUAUCAUCUGGUUCAUUAUCCAUGGAUCCAUUUUCACAAACAAUGUCUGUACCAGCCAACUCAAAUCUUUCAUCCAAUUUUCAUAAUUUACCUCCAAUAACAAUGAUGGCGGAUAAUGUUCAUCAUCAUUCGGUCAAGUUACGAAAUUCUUCGAUAAAUUCUUGUUCUCAUCAUCCUUCUAAUCAUCAAUUUCUCAAUCAAUCAAUUCGAUCUUCAUUAUCAUCAUCAUCCUCAUCCACAUCAUUAUCAUCACCAUCUUCAUCAAUAUUGAAUAAUGAUCAUGCCAAUAAUAAUUAUCAUCAUCAAUCAAAUCAAUUUUCACAAGCAUCCAUUGCUGCAGCUGCUGCCCAUUUAAGUCUAUUUCAACAAUAUCAACAAAAGCAGCGACAACAAGUUACUAGUCCAUCAUUCAAUGGAAAAAGUGAUCCGUUUGUAUCUCGAGCCAAAAUGGCCAAUGUCGAUUCUAAAUUCAUAGACAAUUCCCACUAUUCAAAGACCAAUGUGAAUGCUAAUUUUCCACAAGCACAAGCUCAUAUGAAUACUGAUGCUCAUCAAUGGAUGAAUGAUUUGAAUCCAUUCCCUAUUUCAUCUCAAUCUCAGUCUACAUUGAAUGAAUUUAUUGGUAAUGAUUUCCUUCCGCCUUCAUCACUACUUUCCGAUGAAUACGAUAAUAAUGAUCUUUCGCCUUUACUUGAUAAUUUUAAUCCGAAUCUUUUAUCAAUAAACAACGGUGAUACUUUGAAUGAAUUUCAUUUGAAUGUAGCAAAUGAUAAUCUUACACAUUCGAAAAAUGGAUCUAGAUUGAACUCCAUGCCCUAUGAAUCAGCAUCUAUUGGAUCAGUUUCAUCUGUCGAUAUAUCCUCACCAUAUUCAGUACCACAGCCUACUUCGAUCUCUUCAAUGGCAUCAUCAUCGACAUCUUGUUCAAGGACAUCUCCAUCUUUUAUAUCAACAUCCUCACAUAAAACUACAAAUAGUCACAGCCAAAAAACACAUUUACCACCGACAUUGAUGAAUAAUGAUAAAUUUUCACCAGUGACCUCACCAUUGACCAGUAUCGGGACUAUAUCUGGCCUUUGUCCAUCAUCAUCAACUUCUAGUUGUCCAUCGACGCCUUAUUCAUUUGUUAAAACAAAUACAACUACGCCACAAACACAUUCACAAUACGAAUCAUCGAUGAAAUCGUUCAACAAUAAUGUCGAUAGUUCAGCACAUUCAUCUCUGGAUACAUCAUCAUCAAUUAAUCAUAUCAAACAUGAAGAGACACCUUCAAAUUCACCUUAUUCGGUGCAGCAAACUUCUAACCUCAAUCACGCGACAAACAUAUCCCAAAAAUCUUUGUCGAUUAAACAUUCACCAUCAACUGUAGAUCUGCAAUCAUCUACAGAAGCGUGUAUCGAUCCAUUCAUGUCAAUGUCCAGUAAUAAUAGUAACACAAUUGUCGAUGAAUUUAAUUUAAAUGAUGAUAAUUGUGAAAAUCCUAUGCAUAACAAUGAUUUUUUCGAUAAUAAUAAUAUGACAAAGUAUAAUACUACAUCAUCUGCACGUAUGGAAAGACAGUUUAGUGGAUUAUCAUCCUAUCUGAAUGAAAUGGCGCAAAUGACUUCUCGACAGGUCUCACCUAUCAUUCAACAACAACAGCGAUCAACAUCAUCAAUGGAAACAUCAUGUCAAGAAUCAAACAUCAAUAGCCAUGAUAGGAAUACCAGUCCGUCAUGCGACUUCAGUGGAUCUUAUAAUCCAUUAUCAUCAUUGGCAGCAUCUAAAUUGCCGUACGAUUUUCAUGCCAACAAUAACAAAUCCCAAGGCUCUUAUAAUAAUCAAUAUUCACCAUUAUUAGAUCCAAAUUUAGUAUUUGAUCCAAAAUUGGGUGAAAUGCGUCAGCGUAAAAAACGUGGCCGACCGAAAAAACAUUCAACUUCAUCCAAUUCAUCACCGCAAUCAACAUUGAACAAUUGGUUUAAUCAAUCUUCAACCGAUCCUACAAUGUCACAAUCAUUGUCAUCAUCAAUGAGUUCAAUGUAUGAUUGUUCAUUGUCACCUGUAACGACAUUGGCAUCCAAUCAACGACGUCUACACCAUGAUGGUGACAAUAGAUUUGAUAACGAAUCUCCGCCUCCUUUGUCGAUGCAGCCUAAAUUACAACCAUUAACUCCUGGAAGUGAUGAACUUAAUUCAUCCGUUCCGUUUUCGAGCAACACGAAAUCUUUUGAUCCAUAUGCAUUUCCAGGUAAUUCUAGUUCAUUGUUGGAUCAAUGUCACCACAUUCCAGAUAACCAUUACAAUCAUCAAGCUAGUCACUAUCAUCACCAGCAAUCCUAUUCUAAUACGACAACUGGAAUUGGCAAAAAACGUUCUCGUGGUCGACCUCGUUUAAAUGAAGCUAACAACAAUAGUAGUAACAAAUCUACUUCCAGACAUUCCAUUUCAAAAUCAUUGAUUCAAUCAUUAUUGGCUAAAUUGCCUUCUUCGGCAUCUUUAAUAUCACGAAUACCCUGUGUAGAACAAUCUUUAAUAUCAACAUCACCAUCAUCGGCCACAACAGUUAUGAAACGUGGUCGUGGCCGUCCAAAAUCUUUGAAAACUCUUCUCAAAGAAGCAGAAAUGGCCGGUUUAGAAAUUCCACCUGAUGUAAUCGAUGCAUUAAUGACUAAUCAACAACAACGUCAACGGGCCCGACAUUCACAACAGCAAAAGCGCGAAUCAUUACAUUACUAUUCCGAUCAACUUGAUCAUCAUUCGAUUCAAGAUGAUCAUCAUUUACUUUUACAUUCCCGAAAUCCACAACAUCUGCCUCCUUCUUUCCAGCAACAAUCAUAUUCUAAUUCAAACCAAACUGAACACGGGUUUAUUGCUCAACAAGAUCAAAUUCAAUACAAUAUUUCUAGUCAACGGUCUGAACCUCGUUUUUCUUAUCAUCAAUAUCAAUCUAAGCAGCAUAAAGCACUACCAUGGAUGAAUCAACAACAACAACCACAAACGACAUUUCAUUCAUUAUCAGACAACAUGAAUUCAGAUAAUUUUAUUCAUCAUCAACAAUCGAUAUCGGAUGGAAAAUUUCUUCAUUCUGAAAUCAACUCGCAACAACCUCGUGAUCUACCUAAUGUAGCCACUAGGAAACAUAUUUUGUAUAAUAUCAACAACAAUAACCAUAAUAAUCAUAAUGAUAAUAAAGUUAUUGAGCAAUAUGAAACUGAGAUUGUUAAAAAUCCAUUCGACGAUCUUGAUGAUUCAAUGUCGCUACAAUCAUCAUCAAUGAAUAAUUUAUCUAUCAAAUCGAAUAAUGAUGUCAAAACGGUAGCGCCUAUCCGUAUUUCAUUGACAAAUAAUUCACUGUUCCACUGUCCAUCAUCUACAGCUACACGAUCUAUUUUAGCACAACAAGAACAAGAAUUACAAUCACAAUCUGCAAAACGAAAGCGUUCAAAUUUUUCGGCUAAUUUAUUCAGUGAUAAUGAUGAUGAGGAUGAUGAUACAUAUGAUGAUGAUUCCAAUGAAAGUAUCUAUUCUACACCAUCUAGUUUCGAGGAUGACGAUGAUGAUGAUGAUACUCAUGAUGAUGAUAGAAAUAAACGACGAAAACAUCAAGAUAAUGAUAUUGAUCAGUAUUUUUCAGUGUCGAAAUCUCCAUUUAAUACCAGUAUUCAAACAGAUAUCUCCAGAAAAUCAAAUUAUUCUCAUAAACGUCAACAAUAUACGCUAACUGGAAAGCCAAAAUUCACCGAAUCAAUAAUGAUGGAUUGUCUGAAUGCUUCUUUAAUCGGUGAUAAAGAUAAUGAUGAUGAUGAUGUCAAUGAUGAGUUAUUAGAUAAUUUCAAAUUCAAUCACGCUGACUAUGAUGAAGAAGCAUCAAAAAAAUGUCAUGAGAUGCAAGAAGAUACACCAAAAUUACCUAAACUUCUACUCAAACGUUUAGAUUCUGAUGAUAAUGGUUUUAAAAUUAUUCAAAAUUCUGGUGAAAAUGAAAAAGAAAUAGAAAUCAAUAAUAACCCCGAAUCUAAGUCGGAAACUGUAAAAAAGUUAACUAUUCGUUUUUCUACAAAUGGUGAAGCAAGAGUUGAUCAAAACGGCAAUAAUAGCAAUGAAAUGACGUCCUGUUUAGAAAAGUCCAUUUGUAAUGAAUUGGUCGAACAGAUUUGUAGUUCAACAACUGAGAAUACAGAAAUUACUUUACCGAAUAUCAAAUCUAUUAAUCAAAUAUCGGAUGAUAAAGAUAAUAUCUGUUAUCAACAAGCAACAAAUUCCCCAGAAAACGCAAUAACUAACGCUUUGAUUGAUGAUUCUCAACAAGAUGCUUUCGAAAAUAAUGAAAUGAAUAGUGCAACAGUCAAAGAAGUGACUUCUAUUUUAAGUACAAAUCCUGUGGAUGAAAAUCCAUUAUUUCGAACGCCAUCACCACCUCCAGCAUUUGAUCGUUCAAUCAUAAAUUUGGCCAAUCAUCCAUCAUCAUCGAUGGAAUCGAUACUACCAAUAAAUUGUUUGGAUACCACAAAACUUAUAUCCGAUAAUGAACAAUUUUCAGCUAUUAAUUCUAUUAUGAAUCUUGAUGAUUUUGAACCUAACGAAUCACCUUCACAAGAAAUCGAAGUAAAUCCAUUGAUUUCUAAUCGAUCUAAUCUUGUGGAUAAUUUGAAAAAUAUUGAAAAUGUGGGCAAUUCAGAUAAUGUAGACUAUGUGUUCGAUCAAAAUGAUGGUAAUAUAGGAAUUCAAGAACAACCGAAAACUGAACAGUCCACAGAUAAACAAACAGAGAAAUUUUUUGAGUCUAGCAAAAGUACCGAAAUCGAUACAACAACUGAAUCAUUUAUUCAAGGCCAAGGUGGUCAUAAUGAUAAAACAAAAAGCAUAGAAUCAUCAAUAGUUGAUAAUAUUGUCAAAAAUGUAGCCGAUUCAAAUGAACAAAAUCUGCUUAAUGUCGACAGCAAAGAUUUGCUGAAUAACGACAUAGACAUGAAAACGUUUUCACCUGAUCUAGAAGAACCAAAACCACUAUCUCCAUAUUCUUCACCCAAACACAUUCAAUCAACAGUGAAUUCUGCUUUGAUUACAAAUACUACUACGAACAUAGCCGCUACAGUCUCAAUGCCCACCCCUAUUCAAUCAAUUUCACAUCAUAUUGAUGAACUGCAAAUCAAUUCUUCAAAUAUUCAACUGCCACCUCAAUUAUUGCAAUCAAAUCUUUCAUCCGUUAAUCAAGUUAUGGCGUCACAGACAUCAUCAAAGAGUCCUGUACCAAAUUCAAUUUACAUUCAACAACAAUCAGUUCCAUCCAAAGGAUUUCCUUUACAACAACAGCAACCUCAGCCUCAUUUGCCAGUAUUCCAUUUUCCACCGAAUUCAGCCAUUCGAUUGUUAGCUCCAUCAGUUAGCCCUCAAAUUCAACAUUCGUCAACUGUUCAUCCUCAGCACAAUGUUCGUCCGGCUUUUCUAUUCCAAUCAGCCGAACAAAAUUUAGGCUUUCAUGCACCAACCCAACAGCCCCAAUUUAUGAUUCGUGGCCCUUUCGCUCCACCACGUCAUCAACCAUCGUUUCAACCACCACAAAUGAUUAAAACACAAACGCCUAAUGGUUCGACGAUCAAUCUUAUUCUUUCUCAUCCUAAUACACCUAGUCCAUGUUCAUACACAGUUCGACCUCCUCCUUCUCAAGCUGGUACUGCAUUAUUAAAUCCGGUUUUUUCUAAUUCAAUCAAUCAACCGAUGUUUAUUCGUAAUGGUCCUAGAUUAAUACCGGUUAAUCCUGGUUUGAUGAAUACAAUGCGAAUGUUUGCACCUGGACAACCACAUCGUCCUAAUCCCCAAGCAUUUUUCACUAUGGCUGCACCCAUAUCAUCAUCUCAACAUUUGAUACAACAGCAACAAACGAUUCGCCAACAUCAACAGCAAGUCGCUUUUCAACAACAUCGUCUGACUUCCACUCCGAUAUUUUUUUCCUCACCAAUCACUAAUCAAAAAGUCAUUCUUGAAGCAAAACCAUCAACAAUGAUCAAAGAUGAAUUGAAUCCUUCUACUCGACAGCUACCUAUCAAAGAUAUUCUUACUGAAGCAAUGGAAGAGAUCAGAUUCGAUGAUAUUGAUGAUCAGCCAGAUAAUAGCAACCAACAGCCUCAAGCACAUUCAAAAAUCAUGAAAGUGAGCGAUACUGUUCGAUUGUCAUCACCAGUAAUCAAUCCCAAUAAUUCUCAUCCAACAUUUAUUAACCAAAUGUCAUCUGCAAUGACAUCGCAAUCGUUGAUUCGAUCAACAUCACAGCCUGUCCAACGUCAAUCAAUAAUGCAACCAACAAUAUUGGACUUCGUAUCGAAGGAUCCUAAUAACCAAUCACAACCUGAAGUGCAAUUGACCAAUGAUGACCUGGAUCGGCUUUUUGACGAUCUAGAUUCUAACACUAAUGUUGACCAUUUUGAUCAUGAUGAUUUUGGAUUUUUAGAAGAAAUUAGUCAAUCAAAUGAGUCAAUCAACAAAAAACUUCAACAACCACAAUCUAAUUCAAUUGAAAAUGAUAUUCAAGAAUCUUCUUUAGCUUUAGAAUGUGAAUGCCUUCAGAUUAUCAAUGUUAUCAUUGAUUCAAUUGAAUCACAAAUCAACCAAAAUAAACCUAUGGUUGAUGAUACGAAUAUUCAUUGUAUUGUUGAUGAAAUUCUAGAAAAAAUAUCCGUUUCAGAUCAAGAACAAUUCAAAUCGAUAGAUUGUUUCACUAAAAAUUCGUCAUCCUCGGCCUUACAUAAAACGACUGAACUUCAUGAUAAUGCUGUUGGUCAUACAUAUGAUAUUAAUGGUGAAAAGCUUGAAAUUUCCAAAAUAGUUUCGCUAGUUGAUUAUGAUUCGGAUGAUUCUGCCAUUGUCAUUGGUUCAUCAUCAAAUAAUGAAAGAUCUGAAAAAUUAGUUGAAAAUAUCAAAACCAUAAAGAUUUCUGAUUCUGUCAUUGUUUGUAAUUCGACUGCAUUAUCUUUACCAUCAAAAUUAGAUUGCUCUAAUCAUGAUAAAUCCACAGAAAAGAUGUUAAAAGAAGCAGAAUAUGAUGAAAAUAAUUGGCUAACCAAACAAACAAUUUCUCGAAGAUGGUCAUUAGAAUCAGCAUCAAGUGAUGAGGAAAAAACAACUCUAUUUGGUUUAAAACCCAAACAUGAAUAUCUUCGUUCAUAUUCUAGCGAUUCUCUCCUCCAAUCAUUAUAUCAAGAUCAAAAUAAAGUGAAGGAAUUCGAUACCUCAAAAGCCGAUUGCAAAAAUGAUCUAAUAGUUGGAUCACUUACGGCUACUGUAAUCGAUAAUGUCUGUAAUGAGAAAACUUUUCGAUCUCAAUGUAUAUCACCGGACUCAUAUCUACAAUGUCCAUCAUCAUCUUCAUCUCCAUCGCAAUCUUUAUCGAAAAUAAAAUUAGCUUCAAAUUCUGAAUUAAUCAAAGACAAGAAUGAUUUUCAAAAGAAAAUAAAUUUAAAUGAAUCACCACCCGCAAUAACAAAUGUGCAGCAUCCAGAUAUAACAUCAUCAGUCAUUGAUGAUGAAGAGCAUCAUUUUAAUUGUGAUAAUCGAGAUUGUGGACAAAAAUAUGACGAUAAAAAUACCUGUUGUCUACAUUGUCAUCAUCAUCAUCACUUUGUUCUUCACCAUCAUCAUUGUAGCCAUUGCCAUGGAAAAAAUUCUAAACUUGCCAAAAUAUCAGACGUAGAAAAUGAUGAUGAAGACGUUUGUCAUCGAUGUCUUCAUCCAAUAAUUGAUGAUAAUAAAAUUGAUUUGAAAUCUUCAGAAACAUCUACACUUGUUCAAACAACAUCGUUCAAAGAACCAUCAAUAACAACAAAAAGGAAAUGCACUCACGUAAUACCUGCAACCACCGUAUCCAUAAAUGUUAAUGCCGAAAUCGUAUUGAAUUCUAAUGUUAAAAAUGCCACAACCAUAAUUCAUAUCAAUCAUAUGAAUAAUUCAAUCGAUACUUUUGAUCAUACUAAACGUCUUAAAGUUGAUGAUGAAAAAAAUAACAACUACAAUCAUGAUAAUACUGACAGUCAGAAAUCUUAAAGAAUUUCAUUAAUUUUAUUUCACUAAUCG